GGGAGCUCAGCAUCGCCGGGGAAGGAGCUGCGCACGCGAUGGAGCAGCCGCCGCUCAGCAGCGCCAGCAGCCGGAGGAAGCAGGGGCUGGCCGGGGGCCGAGCCGCCUCGGGGGCGUCCGAGCGGCGCCAGAUGGAGUCCAGUCACCGUGGCAGCAGGGACCAAGGCCCGCCCUCCCCCAUCGGGUCCCAGCCGGUGUCUCCACGCAACAGUAUCGCAGGAUUGGCGUCGCCAGGGCUGUUCUCUCCUGCCAACAACCAGUACACCUCAGAUGGGAAAGUCCGGUACCAGCCUGAGGGAUCCAGCAAUGCCGCGUAUACCGGAGGAAACCUGCCAAGUGGGACUAGGCCCGACUCGCUCUUUGACUCUUUCCACACCCGGUUGCAGCCCGACGGGUCUCGCCAUUUGGCAUCUGAGAGACAGAACCAGCCUCUCUCCUUGGAUCUCAACAGAGCCCAGCCGGAGGGCUCUGGGGGCGUCCAUGUGUUCAACACCCCAAACCUGCGCUCUCCGGUAGAGUUGCGGCCGUUGUCCCCAGCCUCCGGCAGCUCGUCAACCCAAUCCAACGUCUCUCCCUCCAUGAAACUCAGCCAGUCGCCCAGCCGGGGUGUGCUCCCAGAACUUUGCGGCCUGGACCCAGUGACCUCUGGCAUCCUCGCCACGGUGGAACUCAAGGACACUAUCCCAAAGGCCGAAUCCAGCGACCACAUCUACCUGGGUCGCUCCGGCUCCUCGCACCGGCCCAUGUCCCUCCCGAAAGCCAUCUCGAGCGAGUACAUCUCGGGCGGAGGAAGGGUGGGCCCCUCUAAGUCCGCCAUGCUCUCCAAGGCUGAGUCAGAGGAGAUCGUCUCGUAUGGCAGGCUCCGGCAGCCUCCCAAAUCCCAGGACCUGGGCAGCAGCAACAUGAAUCCCAAGGAAAGCUUCCUGGUGCGACUCGGCCAGCCCCACACCAAGCAGGACAAUGAGUUUCGCAUCACUGUCGUGACCUGGAACGUUGGUACAGCCAUGCCUCCCACCGACGUGACCUCGCUCCUGCACCUCAACACGGGGGACUCCAACGACACAGACAUGAUCACCAUUGGGCUCCAGGAGGUGAACUCCAUGAUCAACAAACGGCUCAAAGAUGCUCUUUUCACAGACCAGUGGAGCGAACUCUUCAUGGAGGUGUUGAGUCCAUUUAAUUUUGUACUGGUGAGCACGGUGCGGAUGCAAGGUGUCAUCCUGAUGGUCUUUGCCAAGUACUACCACCUGCCGUUUCUACAGGAUAUCCAGACGGACUGCACCAGGACGGGACUGGGAGGAUACUGGGGCAAUAAAGGCGGGGUGAGCAUCCGCCUCUCCAUCUUUGGCAACAUGGUCUGCUUCCUAAACUGCCACCUACCAGCACACAUGGAGAAGGCAGAGCAGCGCAAGGAGGACUUCACCACCAUCCUCCAAAUGCAGCAGUUCGAAGGGCCGUCAGCCAGCGGGAUCCUUGACCACGACAUCGUCUUUUGGUUUGGGGACCUCAACUUCCGCAUUGAGAGCCUAGACAUCCGCUUUGUGAAAUAUGCAAUUGACAACAACAUCCUCCACCAGCUCUGGGAGAAGGACCAGCUGAACAUCGCUAAGAACACAUGGCCUAUCUUGAAAGGCUUUCAGGAGGGACCCCUCAACUUCCCCCCAACCUUCAAGUUUGAUGUGGGCACCGACAUGUAUGACACCAGUGCCAAGAAAAGGAAGCCGGCUUGGACCGACCGGAUCCUGUGGAAGAUCAAAGGCUCUGGCGCGCCGACCCAUCCCGGGAGAUCCAUCUGUGGCCUCCUGUCUGUGAACCAGCUUUGCUAUUGCAGCCACAUGGAGUACACCGUCAGUGACCACAAGCCAGUGGUCUCCAUCUUUGCCGUGAAGUUUGCUUCCAGGGCUGACAUGCCGCUGGUGGAGCUUCAGGUAGCUGAUGAGUGGACAAAACCGGAGCAAGCUGUCACCUGGUACAAGGUGUCUUCGAGCUAUCACCGCAGCUCCUGGGACUGGGUCGCUCUUUACCGGGUGGGCUUCCGACACUUGAAGGACUAUGUUGCCUAUGUCUGGGCAAAGCAGGAAGACGCCGAAAGCAAUGUUUACCAGUUACUAUUUCCAGAAGAGUCUCUACCCAAAGGGAAGGGCGACUAUAUCCUGGGUUACUACAGCAAUAGCUACAGCUGUUUGGUGGGUGUGACAGAGCCCUUCCAGAUUUCACUGCCCACCUUGGAGCAAGCCACCAGCCCCACUGACAGCUCCAGCAGCACCUCGGAAGAAGAGGACGACAGCACCCUGGUCCUGCUGGGCCCCAAAUCCCGCAGCCCCAGCCCCGGGAAGAUGAAGGGUCACCGCAGCCGCAGCCCCAGUUUGGCCAAGUUCCAUGGACUCAUCCUGCGCUCAUCAAGCCGGGACCAGGCAGCCAGCCGCAGCCCCUCACCCCAGGGCCGCCGGGGAAGCAGCAUCCUCAAGAGCGAAAUCCCCAGCAUCCAGUUCUCCAAGGACAGCCCCCGCCAACGCUCCAAGUCGCGAGAGGCUGCCCAAAAUGCAGAGAGCCUCGUCGGGCCUCGCCUCCAAAGCCCCUGGCGCUUUGACGAGAACCCCCUGGCCCGCACAGACCCCCGCAACCUGGGACUGCUGCCAGCCGUGCGCCUGGAAACCAUUGAUCAAGUCAUGGGCCCCCGGCGGGAGAGUGCCGACCAGGGCCUGCCUCCCCGCAGGAUGAGCCCCACCAGUCCGACCGUGGCCCUGGCCACCCUCUUCAGCACCUCCCCAAAGGAGGGGUUAUCCCCAGACCACCAAGGUCCAAACCAUCCCAGCCGUGAGGCGGGACACUGAGGGGGACGCAGCCAGCCGCCAUGAGCCCACUGUCCAACCAUCCCGUGUAGUGAGCUUGCAGUGUUAUCUCUCUGUGUCCUUUACCUGCCAGUUUUCUGCUCCGUGUGUGUCUUUUUCUCUCCCGGUGUGCGACACGAAGACCUGGGGGAAGGGGGCAGCCACUUGUCAGGCCCCGUCUUCCGACUCGAGUAUGCUUGACAAUCAACUUCCUCCCUCCUUGUGCGUAGGGGGCUGAGCAUCGCGAGUGAAAAGCCCUUAGCCCCCUUGGCCUUUUCACCCAUAGAAACUCCCCA